AUGGCUGACAAACAAAAUUAUCAAAAGUUUUUGGACCAAGGGCAGUAUACUAAACAUGGACUUGAAAAGUACGAGUGGAUAUUCGGCGAGACCUUUCUUUCAACUGGUGGUAUAACCACGACCAUGCAAGUUCUGAAGCAUGUCCAGUUAGGCAAGAACCCUAAAGUACUGGACGUGGGUUCCGGUCUGGGAGGUCACAGUUUCCUUUUUGCUGAAAAAUACGGAGCUGAAGUACUUGGUCUAGAUUUAUCAGAGAACAUGCUCGAAAUUGCUCGGAAACAUUUAGAUAAAAGACCACACCUCAAAGACAAGGUUAGGUUUGAGUUCCAAGAUUGCACGAAAAUUGAUUACCCAGAGAACUCAUUCGAUCUUGUUUACUCCAGAGACACUUUCCUUCAUAUUCGUGAUAAGGCUCAGCUUUUUAAGAAGAUUUACAAGUGGCUGAAACCCAGUGGUUAUAUUUUGUUUACUGAUUACGUUAGAGGGGAAGAUGAAACGAAAUACUCUGAAGAGUUUAAAAAUUAUCUGAUAGACCGCGAUUACGAUAUGGCUACUGUAUCUGAGUAUAGAGAAAUCCUAAUAAACACUGGAUUCAAAGAUGUUCAGGUGAAGGAUUGGAAGGAUCAAUUCAGGAAUGGUUUGGAGGUUGAACUGAAGAAGUUACAAACAAAAAGAACAGAAUUUCUGCAGACGUUCACACAAUCUGACUACGAAGAUUUGGAGUCAGGGUGGAUGAGCAAAAUAAACAGAGCAAUACAGGGUUAUCAGGGAUGGGUUUUGGCUGUUGGGAGAAAAUGA